UUACAGUUAAAACGCGAGCGUGACCGCUCUUAGGCUUCUUUCUGUCUGUGGUAACGCGACAGACCUAGUGUUACAAUACUGUUGAAUCGUGUUGAUUCUACACGGUUAAAGCAUUUUGAGUGCGAAACGGGUAUUAUUGUGUGCAGAAAAAGGCAGACACCUAUAAAAAAAAGAAUAUCUGCAAAAUUAGAAACAAGUUAUAUAUACAAAGCAACAAGACAAUUCAAUCUUUUAUUAUUCAAUAAAUUUCAAUAAGUUGAGAAAGUUACAAGUUUUACGUUUUUACGUUUGAGAAAAAUGUCAGAGAAUUUUGGAAGGGAAACGCCACCAAUUUACAAUGAGGAAUCCAAGUCCGCGGGACAACCAUUGUCAGACUUUUUGUUACAAUUGGAAGAUUAUACACCCACGGUACCUGAUGCCAUCAGUGAGCAUUACUUGCAUACUGCUGGUUUCAACACCUCUGAUCCAAGGAUAGUACGUCUGGUAUCCCUAGCAGCACAAAAGUUCAUCUCAGAGAUUGCUAACGAUGCUCUGCAGCACUGCAAGACACGUGGUGCCAAUCAGAACACAAAAACAAAAGGAAAGGAUCGACGUUACACACUAACUAUGGAAGAUCUGACACCGGCAGUUGCAGAAUACGGCAUAAUAGUGAAGAAGCCACAUUACUUUGUUUAAACUCAUUGGGAAUUUAUUGGUGCAACGUAUUCAUCUCAUUAGUAGUUUCAUCAUAUUGAUAACACCGAUAGAAAGUAUCUCAACUGUAAUCCUUUAGGUAACAAACUUUCAAUCUUAAGUGAUUGAAUUGUAUAAGAAAAAUGUUUUGUUUUCUAAAAAAAUAACAUGUAUUGAAACAUAAUUCUGAAUUUUCAUAAUUAUAUUUUAAACUGUGUAGCUAUUACCCUUUUCAUUGAAUUAAUUAAUAACUAUUAAUUAAUGUAUAUAGACUUUUUAUUAAUGGUAAGACUUAACCCUCCGUCAUCCAUCAUUUUUUUAACAACGCCAUCGUCCCACUGUACACUUGAGUGUUAUACAUGUAUCGCUAACACAUAACUGCUUUAAAAAAUUUGGCAAAAUUCCGGGUGACUGAACGUUCCUGAACAUGUUUUGACAGUCGCCAAACCGGAAUGAUCAAUAAGUUUUUUUAUGAAAAAUUGAAAUUUGUCGGUGAAAUUUACCAUCGUAGUUCCAGGCGUGUCACUCAAAUACAGUUGAACGACGGAGAGUUAAAAUGGCAAAAUCUAAUAUAUAUAUAUAUAUAUAUAUAUACAUACUAUACACACACAUUUAUUGUAUACGAUAUGUGAUGAGAAUGUAUGUCGUGGUGUUUGUAAAACUUUAGAGAACAUACUUACAAAAAGAUAUUAAAAUCGUACUGUAUC